AUGCUCGCUUACGCAACUCCGCAACAGGGUGGAAGCAGAGCAAGACGUGAUGAUCCUGUUGUACAGCGAAAUAGCGCGCUCGGUGGAGAACAACCGCGUCGCGAACGUGUCGCCGGACAGGUUCACAUCAGGAGCGCCACGUUCCGCAACUCAGCACCCGAAUCGUCCCAAACCUGGAUGUCCCGGAGUAGCGGAGGCGAUGUCCCACAAGAUCCGCAGAGUACACCGCCGAUCCCUAGUUCGGAAAAUCAGAUGACAGAAGAAGAUCUAUUUCGCAUCAAGAGUGUGGUGACAAGUUCAGCUGGGUCAUAUAACAGAGGAGCAAGUGACACCGCUGACCAGUCAGUCAUUUCACUAGCUGACUCCGCGAGCAAUUUUGGCGAUCAUGUCGGCGAUGAAUUUGACGAAGUUGAAACAAUUGAGAGUGAGAAUAAUCACUCUGUCGAUCUUCAGAGUCGCAUAUUCAAUGGCUGGAUGUUUGACCGCAAGCGACCCUCAAAUUUGCAGUUACCUAAAGAUACAGUAACUGUUCUAAAGUUCCCAAAGAACCUCCCGAUCCCAUUUUGUCCUGAAGGUAUCGAUCGGGAAAGUUGGGCUAAGGCUUUUCAGGAAGCUACGGUUUAUCUUAUUGGAACAGCUCACUUCAGCAAAGAAUCCCAGGAGGACGUUGUGAAGACGAUUACAGCAACGCAGCCGGAUCUCGUAAUGGUUGAGCUCUGCCCUAGUAGGAUAUCUAUUUUAUCAAUGGACGAACAAACGUUACUCAAGGAAGCUAGUGAUCUCAACACUCAGAAAAUACUUACCACGAUCAAACAGAGCGGCGUAGUACAGGGGAUUCUACACGUUUUGCUUCUAUCUAUGUCAGCGCACAUUACGAGAGAGCUAUCAAUGGCUCCUGGUGGGGAAUUUAGAGCGGCUCACAAAGCUGUGCUACAGACUCAGCUCUGUCGACUAGUUCUCGGUGAUCGACCUAUUCAUGUAACCCUCCAACGUGCACUUGGUUCCCUUAAUUUUUGGCAGAAGAUCAAGUUCUUCUGGCACGUCGCUAUGUCUCAUAAUGCGUCCAUAACACCAGAGGAGGUUGAAAAAUGCAAGCAGCGAGACUUAUUGGAACAACUGCUUGCUGAAAUGGCUGGAGAUUUCCCUAAACUUAGUAAAAUAUUCGUUGACGAACGGGACGCGUACAUGACCCAUGCUCUCCAUUCUUUGCUCGUUAAGAAUACUCUUGAGAAGCGCUUAUCUUGGGAGCGUACCGAUGUGGACUGGCAACCGCUCAGGGUUGUUGCUGUUGUCGGGAUCGGACACACACCUGGUAUUGCUGCUCAUUGGGACAAUCCGGUAGAUAUAGCACCUCUUCUACACAUUCCUCCUCCGUCUACCUCAACUAAGGUGAUAAAAUUUGCUUGUCGUGCGGUGUUCUGGGGAGCAGUCGGGUUUCUUCUCUAUCGCGGCGGAGUGAGAGUAGCCAGAAGAUUUCGUUGA